GGGCCCCGACGAUUCCAUCUCGACACACGACCCAACCUUCAUCCCGAUAUCACCGAACGGUUUCCUCUCGAGCGAACGAGCGUAAUCGCACGCGCGCGAAAAAGAAGAGAAAGAGAAAGAGGGAGAGAAAGACAGAGAGAGAGAGAGACAGACAGAGACAGAGAGAAAGAGGGAGAGAGAGAGAGAGAGAGAAAGAGAGAGGAGGGCAACUUACUUCUCGCUGCAUCUCUCGUUUGUCUCGAUACACACGAGCAUCCUAUUUUUUUUUUUUCAAUCUGCCCCGUUCAGAGCGGAGCUCAAAUUCAAUCAUUUCGACCCCGCGAAGCUACACGGUGCGAUCAAGAGUUCUCUGAAAUAGCCGGUUCUCUCCAUUUUUUUUUUUUUCUCUUCAAUUUUUCCGAACGAACAGUUUGAUCGGUGAGAGAGAGAGAGAGAGAGAGUAAAUUCCUGCCUGGCCGAGCGGAGCAUCAACGGAGAAGAAGCAUCCAGGAAGAGUCCAAGAGUCUAAGAGGACGAGAACCAAGUCGACGACCAACCAAGAGACGGAAGCCGUUCCGACCAGUUCCACGGAGGAGAGAAAAAGACAUAUCAAGAUGACGAAGCUACUCGUAUUAGCGAUGGUGUGCCUGUUGAGCCAGAAGGCGGUGCUCUCGAUGCCGGUGGCCGAGAACCAGGAGCCCCUCCAAGUUGUGCCGCUCGAGAAAUCGGCGAGCAAGCCCGACGCCCCGAUGAACGCCGAGGCCGCGGCGGCACCGGCGAGCCAGGAGGCGGCGGCGGCGGCGGCGGCGCCAGCGGAGCCGGCGCCUGCCGAGGCGAAAUCGGCCGCCGAGGCGGAGAAACCGAGCGUGAGGAGCGAGCCCUCGGCCGAGAACCCUCAACAGGGCGAGAAGGCUUUAGAGGAGAAGAAGGAGGAGGCUCAGCAAGAGGCGAAGCCCGAGGAGAAGAAGGAGGAGGGCGGACAGGAGAAGUUGGCCGAGCAACAGCAACAGCCGCAGCAGGAGCAACAGCAACCUCAGCAGGAGGGCCAACAGCAGGCACAAGAGCAGAAGGCACAGGAGCCGCAGGGUCAAGAGGAGAAGAAGGAGGAGGAGAGCUUGAAGCAGGCCGCCUCCGAGUCUCACGAGACCGUGGUGCAAGCAGUUCCUCAGGAGGCACCGGUUGCCGAGGUCCCGGCGGAACAACCCGUCGCUAAAGCAGCUGUGGCGGAGGGAAAGAGUUCCGAGCAGGUAGACUCCGUUGAGAAGAGCGCGGAGGCUGGGAAAGAGGAGGCGAAGGAGGAGAGCAAGGAAGAAGCGAAGCCAAGCGUGAGGAAGGAGGACGAAGCUAACUCGUCGGGCUCCGAGUCGGAGGAGAAGGCUCAGCCGGCAGCCGAGGAGAAGAAGGCCGAGAAGCCGCAGGAGGAGCAGCAGGAGAAGAAGGCCGAGGAGAAACCCGACCGUGUGACCCGCGACGCCGAGGAAGCUGCCCCCGAGGAGAAGAAACCGGAACAGCCAGCCGUGCAACAGGACCAGGCCAAGGCAGCGGAGGAGAACAAGCCGGCUGUCGAGGGCGAGAAGGCUCAGCAGCCCGCCGCCGUCGAGCAACCGGCCCUCAGCUCCGAGGAAUCGUCCUCGAAGAGCGAGGAGAAGACCGAGGCUGCUGCUGCCGCCGCCGCCGCCGCCGCCGCUGCCGCGGCUGCCCCUCAACCGGAAAAGGAAGCGAAGAGCGCCGAGGUAGGUGCCGGCUCCUCCGCCGCCAACGCUCAGCAAGAAUCGUCCGAGCAAUCGGCGGCCAAACCCGGCGAAGCCAGCCAAGCUAAACGCGAGACCGCGGAGGCCCAGCCCGAAGCGAAAUCCGAGCAAGCCGAGGAAAAGAAGGAGGAAGGGCAGAAGCAGCAGGAAGCCGGCGCGAAGGAAGCGAAGGAGCGCUCGGACGACUCCUCCGAGGAGAAAUCAGGCGAGAAGAAGGAGAGCAAGGGCAGCGAGGAGGAGAAAUCCUCAUCCUCCGAGGAGUCCAAGCAGGAAUCCUCCAAGGCUGGAGACGAGUCCAAGCCCGAACUUCUGCCCAAACCUCAAGAACUGAAAGUGUAAGUGAAAGAUAGGAGCGAGGGUAACGGUCGCAGCGAGAGGCGGGAAGGAGAAGAGAAGAACGGUAAACCUCGAUUGAAAAAUUCUCAAGCGUACGAACAUCUCGAACGGAGCGGACACUGACACUCGCCACUCGUCCAGACCACUGCGUUCAGAAUCACCAUCGACCAGACAAAAAUGGGAAAACGAAAAACAUUUAAAAAGAUAAAAAGAAAAAAAUUAAUAAACGUAAAAAAAAAAAAAAAAAGAUGAACAAGAAUGCGCGAAUUGUUCGGCCCCGGGUAGAGAAAAGCAGCGAGCGGGAGAGAGAGAGAGAGAACGAGACGGAGUGAGAGUGUAUAUCGGUGUGAAUGGGAGAGAGAGAUUGCGCGAUCAAAUUCUGUGGCAGGGUCCAAAACUUCCCCCGGCGCGCUACGAUUCCGAGAGAAGAUUCACAUCGACUCGGGGCAGGAUGACCACGUGGUCACCUGGCUGUGAGGGAUGAAACUUAGAAAAGCACGACGAAA